AUGGGGUCUAUCAUUCCUCCUGGGGGCCUUGUCCUCAUCACCGGGGUGAAUGGUUUUCUCGCAUCUCAUUUGGUCUUGGAACUUGUCGAACGGGGAUACGCAGUCAGAGGCACCGUACGAAGCCCUGAGAGCGCCUCCUGGAUCACAGAGGUAGUCAAGAAACGUUACCCCACGGGCAAAAUCAACGUCCUUGUCGUGCCCAGUCUCUCCGCACCGGGUAUUAUGGAUGAUCUCAUCCAAGACGUCGAUGGCAUUGCCUACGUGGCCGCCGAUACCAGUUUGAACGCGGACCACACCCAGGUCAUCCCGCCGGCCCUCGAGGCCCUGCAGGCAGCUCUCGAGAGCGCCGCCCGAACCCCCUCAGUGAAACGCUUCGUCCUCACAAGCAGUUACACUGCCGCCGUGGAUACAUCGGAAGUGGCCCCAGGGCCAGGGUCAGAGGUGCGCGUCAGCAAGGAUAGCUGGAAUGAGACCAGCAGCAUCCGAGCCCGGGCACCCCCACCCUACAGCCCCAUGCAUGCUCUCUUUAUCUACCAGGCUCUCAAAACCGAAUGUGAAAGACUGUUUUGGAAGUUCGCAAGUGACGAGAAGCCCGGAUUUGUCCAAAAUUCCGUGCUUCCCGGGUUUGUCAUUGGGCCAAUUGUCCACUCUCAACAACGGGGCAGCACGUCGGCCUUGGUCAAGGGCUACUUUGAUGAUCCCAACAGUCCUCAGCAACUAGCAUGGAUUAGUGCACCCUGGGUCGUUGACGUGGCCGAUAACGCCUUGUUGCAUCUGGCCGGGUUGACCGAUGAGGCCGUGCAGAAUGAGCGUCUACUCGCUCUGGCGGACCCGUACCAGUUGCGCAACUUUGGCAAGGCAUUUGAGCAAAUCGAUCCCACCCGUCAAUGGCCCGCCCCUGCCGGUGAAGCGGGAGAGACUAUGCAGGAGGGCAGUAAGUGGGUUGCGGAUACGAAGAGGUCCGUGGAAAUCCUGCAGCAGUUUGGGCAAGCGCAAGGCUUUACGCCGUUUCUGGAGAGUGUGCGAAGGACGUGCCUGGAGAGUGAUCCGUGCUGGAGGUUCCAGCCAUUUCUGCAGUGA